AUGAGACAAACUAUAUUUUUAACAUUGCUGGUUCUGUUGACGAAUAAAUGUUCAUGUCAAAGAGGAUUCCCGAAAGAAUUUCAAGCAAAAUUAAAUAUAAGUGGAUUAUAUACUUGGCCAACAACAACUUUCGGCGUCCAAGAAUUAUUAUAUGAUCAUAUACAUUCACGUGUUCGAUUUGAUACUACAGGGCGGCUAGCAAACCAAACCGAAACUUAUAUGGUUCAAUAUCAACCAAAAGGUGCUGAAGCAGGUUCACCAGCUUCACGAGGCUUUACAAUAUUUAAUUUCAAUUCUGCUUAUCCAGAAUUGACGAAAAAUGAUUGUUGGUAUAGAACAAACUCCAUGGCUGAUAUCGGCCCGUUCCCAUUUUUAUGGCUCAAUGAUGGUAGCGCAAUCGAAAUUAAGCCAUGGUUUCCAUUACUACCAAAUCUUAUCAAAAAGGGCCAAGAAUGGAUACCAGAAAUUAAAAAGCAUGCAAUAAGAUAUGAUUCACCGGAAAUUUGUGAUUUGGAGCAAUCUGGCAUCGGUAAAAUUCCAUGUUUAAGCUAUUUUGAAGCAGAUGGUACACCCGCUAAAACAAUCAAAGCACGUGCUGAUGUAGGUGGCUAUGAUACAGACGAGUAAGUAUUUAACGGAUUCAUCUAACGAUUGAAUAAAUCAAUGUCUGAAUGUUUCACUAUACACAGAUAUGUAAGCACAGCUUAUUUGUCAUUUGCGUUUCGUAUUCCAUCAAAAGCUAAAUCUUUGUUCAAUUUGCCUGACCAAUGGCCUUCUUUCUGAGGUCACGCAAACGCUGGUAACUAUUAUCCAUUUCAAAUUAAAAGAAGGAUGAGUAUUUUUUGAAUAACUUCUGAUAGAAACUAGAUAGAGAGAUGUGGUUUUCACCGUUUGAAAGAGGAAAAAAACUGCAUCGAAUCUUGAACAUCAGAUUUUUCUGACAAGUUUUCUCAGGGCUACCCGUCACAUUUGUGAAGCAGAAAACAAUGUAUCGUGUA